AUGUAUCACUCUGCAUUUGUGCGAAUCGCAGCGGAAGUGAAUGCGAUUGAGCAUAUAAACAAUCUUCAGGGGCUUCUGUCGUCAGAGGAGAUGGAGUACUCGGUGCCUUUAGAGCUCUUCGCCGGGGGACCGACGAAUUAUCGUAGACUGUGUGUUAGCUUUAGGGCUCGCAAAGAUGUAGAAUCGCUAUUGGAUACACCUUGUUCUUUCGAGGACACCGUUCUUAGCAGCCUGGAGGCCCGCUCUGAAGGGGUCACUCCUCAAACAGCUGCAGCGGCUUUUCUGGAGUCUACUUCUACUUCCCAUGAUUCUCUGCUGGAGCCUACUACAGCUCAACAAGAGCCAGUGCAGAUUGCAAGUCAAAAUGCUGAACUCGCUUUCUUGCUGCUGAGCCUUAGAGGAGGCAACUAUGAGGCAGGCGCGCGCCUUCUAGCUGCUGACGGCGGUCCAUGUAAGGAUUUUCGUGGAUAG